AUGCAGAAUUCCAAGGUUCUUGUCCCAGAGCACGUUUCAAAGCCGGAGAGCGAUGAUGGUGAAAGGACCGUCUAUAUUGAUCAUGAUGCAGAGAGGUCGUAUGUCCGAAAGGUAGAUUGGUUCUUACUGCCUCUUCUAUGCACGAGCAACCUGGCCAACGCCAAAACCGAUGGCCUGGAAGAGGACCUCAAGUUUCCCGGAAAUGGCUACUCGCUCAUGAUAAUCCUCUUCUACAUCCCGUUUGGGUUGUGUGAUUUGCCGUGGAAUCUCUUGAUCAAACGUUUCUCCGGAAGGAUUAUGCUCUCAUUCAUGACCGUUGUCUGGGGAAUUCUGUCGCUCUGUCAAUGCGCUGCUACCAACUUUGGUAGUCUACUUGCAAUUCGCAUUAUUCUCGGAGUAUUCGAAGCCGGAUUCUUCGCUGGCGCUACGUUCUAUUUCACGCUCUUCUACACGCGAGGUGAAAUGGGGCUACGUCUUUCAAUUCUGCAAACCUUUGCUGUUCUAGCGUCAGCGUUCAGUGGACUCAUUUCCUACGGUGUUUUCCGAAUCGACCACCCCUCCGUGCAGGGAUGGCAGUGGCUGUUCAUUAUUGAGGGAUCCAUGACAUUCUUGACAGGGAUUAUCGGGUUCUUCUGGCUUCCGGCGGGCCCCCAGAAUGCCUGGUUUCUGAACCAGAGGGAGAGAGCAGCAGCAAAUGCACGAUUACUACGUGAUAAUUCGGUCGACGUUGAGACCGCACUGAAUCUGAAAGAGUGUUUUCGGACAUGGAGAAAUUGGAAGUUCCCGGUUUGGUGUAUUAUAACGCUCACGUAUCCAGUGGCAUACGCAACAGCGAUGAACUUCUUCCCGUUGAUCGUUGGACGGCUGGGCUUUUCGGUCGUCAAAACCAAUCUCUGGACGGUUGCUCCAAACUUGGUCGGCGCAGUAGUCUUACUUUGCGUAGCGACAUCCUCGGAUUAUUUUCGCGAAAGGGCGUUUCACAUCGUCUUCUCCCUGGCAUUGUCGCUGAUCGGGAUGUUAAUUCUCGCGGCCUUAAAUGUAACCCAGCACAAAGGCGUUGCAUAUUUUGCGUGCUUUCUCAUGGCGGCUGGAUCGUACAUCCCGUCCUGUCUCGUCCACGCAUGGCAUAAUAACAACAACAUCCACGAGAACUCGCGCGCAUCAAACACUGGACUGUUCGUCGGGCUGGGAAAUUUGGCUGGCGUCUUGAGCGCUGCCACCUUUCGCACGGAAUACGCUCCAAAGUACAUCCCAACUCUAGUAGCUACCUGCUGCUGCAACGUAGUGUGUAUUGCUGGCGUAUUGUGGAUGGGUUUAUGGAUGAGGUCCGAGAAUAAAAGGCGAGAUCGAGAGCAAGGCGUCCGGCUUCGAGGGCAUGAGGCCUUUACUCGCGCUGAGCAUUUGCGGAGGCAUUCUUUGAACCAUGAAGAACCACGGAGCGGAUACACCUCAAGACACAUGAUGAGACAUGCAAAGCGAGACGAAGAAGCCGGUGGUCCUGGUCUGGGGAUAUUAGAAACCCGAAAAAGAACUCGACGCGCCCCGAACGGAACGAUCGUGACCAAGCCGGCUAAACGACAAGCUAGGAAGGCGAUAUCAAAUAGACAUACACGUUCUGUAUCGCACACGUCUUUCGAAAUUGCAAGUGAAGGGAAUGCUGGGCUUAUCGAAUCCCACGACUAUCCCCAUGGGGCACCUGUUUCUCCUCCAUCAUCUGCCCAUCUCGAGGGUCAUGACCAACACAGUGAUAUUGGGAUCAGUGACGAGGAUGCACUACUGGCCCCUAUGAUGCCCGGUGGUCCUUACGAGCCAUACGUUGAACCAAUUCCGGGGCAAUUCGACGCAGCGGAUGGAUCGUGGGGUACUUCUCCUUUUGGCGACAUGUUUACCGCAGACACGGCAAUGGAUUUCAACAUGCCUUUUGCAGUCACUCACAACUACAACUGGCUCUUCGAUGUCUCCUGUCUGGAUGACGCCUUUGUCGAUCUGGAUUGGCCAUUGGAACCAAUCUCUCCCAACCAAGACUCAAUCGCAUCCUUUCCGGGGGAAGAGAGAGACGCAACCCGGGAAAUGGAUUCUGGGGAGCUUGUGGAGCUUUGUAGUCCUGAUCUGGACUUCAAUCUGGACCCUUCGUCGAUACUCCUCGAAGCAGCAACGUUGAUCGAUAAAGGCCUGUAUCCAGACGCUAGCACAUCGUCCAGCACUUCACACCAGCAAGCCGAUCAGACGGCCUCGGAGUACCCGGAGAUGGAAUGGAUGACUGGGCAUCCGCAGUUGGAUACACCGUCUCGACCUCGCUUGCCUCAAGUGACAGAUGAAGCGCGAAGCAGUGUCCUGGCUUUGAUUUCAAACGCCAAGGACGUGAGCGGCGCCUCGCCCUUGUUAUCACUGGAAGCUCUCCAGGGAUAUUGUGACCUCUUCUUCUCACGAUUCAACGUAGCGCACCCGUUAAUCCAUCAAGGAACAUUCAAUCCUAAUCAAGCAGAACCGGUAUUUCUAGCUGCUGUUCUUUGUCUGGGAGCAACAUAUAGCAGUCGGGAGGCACACCAGAUUGCGGUUGGAAUCCAUGACUCUUUGCGAAACCAGCUUUUCUGUCACCCAGAUUUCUCUCCCCAGCCCGACCUGUGGGUUCUGCAGGCAAUGCUCCUGAUUGACUGCUUUGGCAAGAUGCGCGCAGGUCCAAAACAACGAGAUCGAGCUCAGCUGUUUCACUGUGUACUCAUCAAGAUGAUCCGUCGCAGCAACUGCUGUGUCAUCCAAACACCCACGAUCCGCAGUCGACCCAAGGACCUAGAACACGCCUGGGCAGAAGCAAUGGACUUGGAGCAGCGGAAGCGGCUGGCGAUGCACUGUUUCAUGUGGGAUACUCAACACGCGGUGCUCUUCUCGCAGUCCCUAUGUAUGUCCGCUUUCGAGAUGCGGUUCCCCUUGCCCUGCGAGGCCAGUACCUGGGAAGCUUCAACGCCGGAGCAGUGGCUCCAGUGCGCAAUAAAAGAGCCCGACCACCCUUUUCUAUCGGCGCUCAAAGGAUAUAUUGCUCCCCACGCCGUGCACCGUCCCCGGCAUCUCAACCCCCUUGCGCAUAUCUUCCUCCUGCACGGACUGAUGUCGCUUUCCUCAGACCUGAGACGACGAGAUCAAACGACGAUUCGAUCGGAGACUCCCGAGCUGGCUGGUGCGUGGAAGCACCGGAUAGGGCGAUCAUAUGACUUGUGGAAGAUCGACUUUGACGCAGACUGCAUGGCAAUGAAACUGGGUCAGGCGGAGAACCCUCGCCGGUUCACUGGUAUCAAGAUGGCGGCCCACAUGCUGUAUCGGUCAGCCCAUAUCACAUUGAAUGUAGAAAUCCUCGACCUACAAAUCUGCGCCGGAACACCGCACAUUCUUGGACGCGCGGUGACACAAAACGACAUCGAGCGAUCCCGACGCAUCAUCCCCCAGUGGCUCCAGGACGAAUCUGGGAUGGCACUGAAAGCCGCAAAACACGCGUCUUUUAUCCUGCAGGACGCUGUGAUGAGUCUGGAUGACUGGGACGAUGCGGACGCAUUCCAUUUCCCCUGGUGUCUGUAUCUCGCGACGCUGACCUGCUGGGCGUUCCAUCUGCCAAAAGAAGGUCAUAACGCACCAACCCAAUGCCCUCAAAGCAAUGAACAGGCCAAAACGGAGAUGUCGUUGCUGAUAGUCGCCAUGACGACGUGCUCAAGUCUGGACGAGUUGGCGUCACUGGCCGGGAAGUAUUCCACAAAAGGGUUGAUGAAAGUAAUGGCACAGAAGCUGGCAACGGUACGCUGGACUGUAGUUCACGAUGCGAUGAAGGUGUUGUUUCGUCUGGUCGGUUUGUGAUUGAGCAGGAAUGUAGGAGGAAAGAACCCAUGGACGAUAUAUAUAUAUCGAGACUAGAUACUCUACGUACACUGCUCUACGCCAUUUGCUUCCUAGUUAGCUUCAAUUGACUGG